AUGGGCUCAAUCCAACGUAUCACCGAGCAGCUGGAGAAGCCCGAACUCGAUGACCGCUCCUAUCGCGUCAUCCGCUUACCGAAUCAACUCGAAGCCCUCCUGGUCCAUGACCCCGACACAGACAAGGCCAGCGCGGCCGUCAACGUGAAUGUGGGAAAUUUUUCAGACCCCGACGAUCUGAGUGGUGUGGCGCAUGCGGUAGAACACUUGCUUUUCAUGGGAACACAAAAGUAUCCCAAAGAAAACGCGUACAACCAGUUCCUCGCUUCGAACUCCGGUUCCUCCAACGCAUACACAGCCGCCACAGAGACAAAUUAUUUCUUCGAGGUAUCGGCCACCGCGCCGACGGAGGGGGCCUCCAACGGCAGCUCAACUGAGAACGGUGACACCGAAGGCACAGCCGCGAAUGCAGAGUUGCCGGUAAAUGGAUCGUCUUCUAGUUACCCGACCUCGGCCCUAUAUGGCGCUCUGGAUCGCUUCUCUCAGUUCUUUGUGUCACCUCUUUUCCUGGAGUCGACCCUAGACCGCGAACUGAGAGCGGUAGAUUCAGAGAAUAAAAAGAACCUUCAGAGCGACCUGUGGCGCUUAAUGCAGCUGAACAAGUCCCUUUCGAAUCCCGCACAUCCCUACCAUCAUUUCUCCACCGGCAAUCUGCAGACGCUCAAGGAAGAACCGCAGAAGCGGGGGCUUGAUGUUCGGAGUGAGUUCAUUAAAUUUUACGAGAAGCACUACUCAUCGAACCGGAUGAAGGUCGUGGUUCUGGGCCGCGAAUCGCUGGACGAGAUGGAGCAGUGGGUGAGCGAUCUGUUUUCUCGAGUGCAGAACAAGAGUCUUCCGCAGAAUCGCUGGGAUGAUGUCCAGCCAUGGACGCAGGACGACAUGUGCAAGCAGAUUUUUGCCAAGCCGGUUAUGGACUCGCGAUCAGUCGAUAUCUACUUUCCAUUCCUGGACGAGGAGUUUCUGUACGAGUCCCAGCCGAGCCGGUACAUCAGUCACCUGAUUGGCCACGAGGGACCCGGCAGUAUUCUGGCCUAUGUUAAGGCAAAGGGUUGGGCAAAUGGUCUGUCGGCCGGUGUUAUGCCCGUCUGCCCUGGAGCUGCAUUUUUUACAGUCUCUCUUCGGUUGACCCGGGAGGGAUUGCGGCAGUAUCGAGAGGUGGUGAAGGUGGUGUUCCAGUACAUCGCAAUGAUCAAGGAACGGGAGCCCGAGCAGUGGAUCUUUGAUGAGAUGAAGAACCUUGCCGAGGUAGAGUUCCGCUUCAAGCAGAAAUCGCCCGCUAGUCGGUUCACCAGCCGCCUGAGCAGUGUGAUGCAAAAGCCUCUCCCCAGAGGUUGGCUGCUGAGUGGCUCAAUCAUGAGGAAGUACGACCCGGAGCUUAUCAAGAAAGCCCUGUCAUAUUUCAGGGCCGACAACUUCCGGAUGACCAUCGUAGCCCAGGACUACCCGGGAGACUGGGACUCCAAGGAGAAGUGGUAUGGGACCGACUACAAGGUUGAGAAGAUCCCCCAGGACUUCAUGGCCGAAAUCCACGAAGCAUUGGCUACGUCCCCAGAGUCUAGACUUCCCGAUCUGCAUAUGCCGCAUAAGAACGAGUUUGUUCCCACCAGGCUCUCGGUGGAGCGCAAGGAGGUGCAAGAGCCGGCCAAGACCCCGAAGCUCAUCCGCCACGAUGACCAUGUGCGGCUGUGGUUCAAGAAGGACGACCGCUUCUGGGUUCCAAAGGCUACCGUUCAUGUCACGCUCCGAAACCCCUUGGUGUGGGCUACUCCGGCGAAUCUCGUCAAGUCUAAAUUCUACUGUGAGCUGGUGCGGGAUGCUCUGGUUGAAUACUCCUACGAUGCCGAAUUAGCCGGCCUCGAAUACCACCUGUCUGCCAGCAUUUUCGGACUCGAUAUAUCCGUCGGUGGAUACAAUGACAAGAUGGCCGUGCUUUUGGACAAGGUGCUCACGAGCAUGCGUGACCUGGUUGUUAACCCGGACAGAUUCAAUGUCAUCAAGGAGCGCCUGUCUCGUUCUUACAAGAACUCCGAGUACCAGCAGCCAUUCUACCAAGUCGGCGACUUCACACGGUAUCUGACCGCAGAGAAAGCUUGGACCAACGAGCAAUAUGCUGCUGAGCUGGAGCACAUCGAACCCGAGGACAUCUCGUGCUUCUUCCCUCAAAUUCUCCGUCAGAACCACAUCGAGGUGCUGGCGCAUGGGAACCUGUACAAGGAGGAUGUACUUCGUAUGACCGACUCCAUCGAAAAGAUCCUUCAGAGCCGCCCCUUGCCCCAGUCCCAAUGGAACUUGCGACGCAACAUGGUUAUCCCUCCGGGAUCGGACUAUGUCUACGAGCGCACCCUCAAGGAUCCCGACAAUGUCAACCAUUGCAUCGAGUACUAUCUCUCCAUCGGUGACAUGACCGACGACGUUCUCCGCGCGAAGCUGUUGCUGUUUGCCCAGAUGACCGAUGAGCCCGCCUUCGACCAGCUUCGCAGCAAGGAGCAGCUUGGAUACGUUGUGUGGAGCGGUGCCCGCUAUGCGGCGACGGCCAUUGGCUAUCGCGUUAUCAUUCAAAGCGAGCGCACAGCCGCCUAUCUGGAAUCUCGGAUUAACAACUUUUUACGUGGUUUUGGAAGGAAGUUAGAGGACAUGUCGGAAGACGAGUUUGAAGGCUACAAACGCAGUCUUAUCAACAAGCGGUUGGAGAAGCUGAAGAACCUGAGUUCCGAGACUUCCCGCUUUUGGAACCAUAUUGGCUCGGAGUACUUUGACUUUGUGCAGAACGAAAAUGACGCUGCCAAUGUCCGCGUUCUGACCAAGUCGGACCUUAUUGAGUUCUACAGGCAGUACGCGGAUCCCGCGUCCCCCACACGGGCUAAGCUCGCGAUCCAUCUGAACGCCCAGGGUGGCACGAAGGCCAGCCCCCAGGAGAAGAAGGCCAAGUUGGUUUCGCUGCUGGGCAGUCAGCUGGAGGUCGACGGCUUUGCGGUGGACACGGAUCGUUUAAGCGCUGCGUUUGCUGGUCUCGACAUCUCGACCGGUGACGAGAACGCAGUCCUGGAUACAUUCAGGGCUUUCCUCAUUGGCGAGAUGAGCCUGUCGGAGCAACAAGUCAACCUGGUGAUGGCACAGACGGAACGCAACCUGGGCUUCCAUCUCAAGCAACUCGGACUCGUGUCCAAGAACGAGAAUGAGAAUACCAACUCGACGGCAGCGGCCAAUGGUUCUAAGCAGGGCAAGGGCCCGACUUACAUUACCAACGUCCCCGAAUUCAAGGCCCGCUUGGCUGUCAGCGCGGGUCCCAGCCCUGCUACGGACCUCACCGAGUAUGAAGAUUUUGAUGCGAAACUUUAG